AUGACUACCAAUAACAAUAAUGACAACAAUGGCAACAACAAAAACAGUGAAAACUGGUUGGGUUUCUCUCUUUCUCCUCAAUCAUCACACCCUUCUUCCUCUAAUCCCACAACUUUUUUCAGUCUCCCUUCUCAUUUUAACUACCAAAAUCUCUACUGUGGUGGAGCUGAGGGUGUUCAUGGUGGUGGGAUCUACUCUGCUUUCCCUAUUAUGCCCCUUAAGUCUGAUGGUUCUCUUUGCUUAAUGGAUGCCAUCACAAGAUCACAUUCACAAGGGAUGGUUUCUUCAACACCACCACCAAAACUUGAAAACUUUUUUGGUGGUGUAACAAUGGGGGCCCCUGAUUUAGAUAGCAGCAGUACAAUGUACUACCACCAAAAUCUUGACCACCACCACCAUCAUCAUCAUCAAAAUUAUCAGAUUCAACCCCCAAAUUACUUAGAUUACAAUGGGUUGUACCAAUCAAUACAACAAGAUCAAGAAACUAAAGACUCCCAGCAGGUUGCUGCUGAUGGUAUUUAUCUUCCAACUGUAACUGUUGGAGAAGAUGAUAUCACCACUGGUAUAAAGAACUGGAUUUCAACAACUUAUAACCAUUCUGGUGGUGGUGGUUUACAGUCACUUAGCUUGUCAAUGAGCCCUGGUUGUUCACAAUCUAGCUCAUGUGUCACUGGAUCACAGCAACAAAUCACCACUGUGGUUAUGGAUUCCAAGAAAAGAGGGUCUGAGAAGGUGGAUCAACAACAGAAGCAAAUUGUUCAUAGAAAAUCUUUAGAUACAUUUGGUCAAAGAACCUCUCAGUAUAGGGGUGUCACCAGGCAUAGAUGGACAGGUAGAUAUGAAGCUCAUUUAUGGGACAAUAGUUGCAAAAAAGAAGGCCAAACCAGGAAGGGAAGACAAGUUUAUCUGGGGGGUUAUGAUAUGGAAGAGAAAGCUGCUAGAGCUUACGAUCUUGCUGCACUCAAGUAUUGGGGACCUUCAACUCAUAUCAAUUUUCCGUUGGAAAACUAUGAACAAGAACUCGAAGAAAUGAAGAAUAUGUCUAGACAAGAAUACGUUGCUCACUUGAGAAGGAGAAGCAGUGGUUUUUCUAGGGGAGCUUCAGUUUAUAGAGGAGUAACAAGACACCAUCAUCAUGGCAGAUGGCAAGCUCGGAUUGGUCGUGUUGCCGGAAACAAGGAUCUUUAUCUCGGGACGUUUAGCACACAGGAGGAUGCUGCCGAGGCUUACGAUGUGGCUGCUAUAAAAUUUCGUGGCGUAAAUGCCGUUACAAACUUUGACAUAUCAAGGUACAAUGUGGAAAAGAUCAUGGCUAGCAACACCCUCCUAGCCGGUGAACUAGCCAGGCGAACCAAAGACCCAGACCCGUGCACGGACCAGGUCUUAUCGACCCAGACUCAUAACGGUCAAGAAACCAAAACCAUCUCGAAUGAGACCACUACUAAUGGCAGCAUGUUGGACUGGAAAAUGGAACUCUACGACCAAACCAUCGGUGGUGGUGGUGCUGCAGCACUCGAGGAAGACGAAUCCUCGACCACCAGGAACCACUUAUUGAUCACUAGCGGCACCGGUGGCGGUUACCAAGAAGAUAGCCCCAAAAAUGACAACUUUCCGAUGGUUCUUGGGGAGGUGGCGGCUUCCAAGUCUAUGAAUACAUGGAUUCCAACAGCAACAGCAACAGCAACAAGCCAAGUGAGGUCUCAUAUCCCCAUGUUUGCUGCAUGGACAGAUGCAUGAUGAAAAAAAGAUUAUGGUGGGUGGGUGGGUUCCUUUGAUUUGUUGGUGGUUUAAUUUUUGUGUUUGGAGAUGGGGAGGGGUAAUUUGGUACUUUUGAAAAGUAUUCAAACCCCAUG